AUGAAGCUUGAUUUCCCUUGGAUCAAAGACCCAUACUUAUUCGACGAUUUCGUGGCUUCUUGCAACGGUUUGCUUCUAGUUAGAGUGGAUAAACGCCACGACUACCCCAUGCAUUCGUUGAAUCCGUCAACUAGAGAGUCCAAGAAAUUACCAGAUUACGAUUUUGGGGUCGAUCCAUAUUUCAGGCUCUGCAUGCAUGGACUUGGAUACGAUUCGUCUAUGGAUGAUUACAAGGUUGUAGCAGUUUCCUACUAUGCCCAACAUCUUCUUCGUGAAGAUCGGGAAUCUGAUUGUAAAGAUACAUUUGUAGUCGUCUAUUCACUCAAAAAUAGUUCUUGGGGGAGGAAAUGGAUCCAAGACUUCCCUUAUGAUAAUUCUUUUAUCGUGCCUGGCUCAGGUGUUUUUGUAAAUGGGUCUGUACAUUGGUUGACGUAUAGGUCUUUGGUUCAUUUACCUGUGAUUGUUGCUUUUGAUGUGGCAGACGAGAAAUUCCGGGAUGUUUUGCUGCCUACCUCACAUGAACCAGGGAGUUUGGGGCUUCUUGGAGGGUGUCUCUUCUGCUGUAAUGAAAAUGAUGAUCUUUGGGUGAUGAAAGAGUGUGGGGAUAGUGAGUCAUGGACCAAAUUUACAAUCGAUAUACCUAAAAAUAUGUACAGUUUGGAAUCCUUAUGUGUACUGCUGGAUAACGAACUUCUGUUGAAGUGGUAUAAAGAUGAGAAAAUGGAUGAAGAUAUAUUUGUUAUAUACAAUGAUAAAGAACAAAGAUUGAGGUAUAUAAUGGUGGAUGGCAUUCCAUUGAAGAGCACUGACUCAUUCCGUUACCAACAGUCAGCGGUGACCUAUGUGGAGAGCAUUGUCUCACCCUAUUUCCACUGUGGGAUAGAUAGAAAAAAGUAG